AUGGAGCGAGGUCGAGCGGUCGAGCGGUUGCCGGACGCGCAGCUGGUUGUGCACUGCGCCGGCGUCAUCGACGACCAGCUCAUGCAGCACGUGUCCGAGCCGGGGCUUGCCGCGCUGCUCCGCCCUAAGCUCGCGGGCGCCACCUACGCCGCGGCCAACGCAGCGCUCGACGAAAUACUGCGCGGCGACGCGAUCCGCUGGGGGGGCUGGGCGGGUGCAGGCAUGGCCGCAGACCACGCCAUUGACCCGGUGGCGGGCGAGGCCUUUUGCUCGGUCGAGGCAGGGCUGCGCCAGCUGGGCUUGAUCCUCGACGCUCCUCCGCCCUCCCCUCAGCUCGUUCUCGACGCGGAACCGUACGCGGCGUGCGCCUCUGCAGCCGACAUCGACGGCCACUCCGUCUCCCUCAUCGACGAGGGCGGCGGCGCGGUGGCGGAGGCUGGCCGCUCGCUCGGCCUCGGCGGCGAGUGCGUCGGCGUCGUGACCAGAGUCGGAGCCGCCGUGAGGAGCAACUGCCCGCCGGAGGCCGGACACGUGGCCGCGGGCGACCGCGUGGUGGGCGUGCCGCCGGCGGGGAUGGGCUCGUUCCUCGUCACGAGCGGGCGGUGGGUCUGGCGGGCACCCGACGGGACGAGCGACGUCGAGGCCGUCAGCGGCACCGCGCGCGUGCGGCGCGGCGACGCGGUGCUCGUCCACUCCGCUGCCGGCGGCGUCGGCCUCGCCGCCCUCUACCGCUGCCGCCUCGCCGCGGUCUUCCUCUGCCUCGCCGCCGGCUGCGACGUCUACGCGACCGCCUCGACGGAGGCGAAGCGGCGCCUGCUUCUCUCUGGCGCCAUGUUCACCGUUGAGGGCGCCGUGUUCACCGCUGCAGGCGCUCGCGACGUCUUCUCGUCGCGCGAGCCCACGGCCUUCGGCGCCGGCGUGAGGGCGGCGACGGGCGGGCGCGGCGUCGACGCGGUCCUCAACUCGCUGGCGGGGGAGGAGGCCGUGCAGACCUCCCUCGGCCUGCUGCGCCCCUUUGGCCAGUUCUGCGAGCUUGGAAAGCGCGAUGCGUACGCGGACGCACCGCUACGGCAGCGCGCCUUCCUGAACGGCGCCUCGCGCCACGCCUCCCGCCCGGACGCGUCGAGGAACACGUACUUCAAUAGAUAA